GUUUCACACAAAAAAAAGAAGACCAUCUUAACCAUAGUGAUUAUAUUGUGAAUUCAUUAUUGAUUAUUCAUUGAUAAUCAAUAAAUCAAUUAAAUAAUAAAUCAUUAUUGAUUCAUUCAUAAAAUGGCACCAGGGAAAUCAUUAAAUUUACGUGGUGGUUCAAUUAGUCCAAGUGCAAAAUCAUAUGAAACAUCAGUGAUUAAAGUUGGCGGUGAAAUAUUUGAUCCAGAUGGAUAUAGAAUGGAUGUGACUGUAUGGUUUCGACAUAGAAAUGAAGCAUUAUAUUAUGUAGACAGUGGUGGUAAUGUACACGGACCAAUGGAUCAACGACAUACUGCACGAUUAGGAAAUAUUAGUCGUAGUGGUCAAUUCAUUCCUGGAUCACGUUAUUAUCUUGGUGAUAAUAUAACAAGUGAACGGUUUAAACGACGUCAAUCUGAUAGUGGUGCAUGGGAUUCUCGUUCAGAAAUUCAUAAUCAUCAUGUUCACAAUGCAUUUCGUAGUCGUACUUAUUCUGAAACUAGACGUUUGAAUGAAUACUCUGAUAAUUCAAUGUCUACACGUUAUCAUAAUCAAUCAAAUCAACAACCAUAUUAUAAGACAACUGCAUCACAUAAUAUAUCAAAUCAUUCACCAACACAUACACAUAUAUCACGUUGGUCAUCAAUGCAAACAACUGGUACACAAGGAUUAUGGAGAGGAACAAGUGGUGGACGAUAUGCUACUACUUUAACAAGACAACAUAUUAAAAAACAUCAUGAUCCAAUUGAAAUGGUAGUUAAACAUACACCAUCAGCUGGUGCAUCAAGAGUAGAUUUACUUUCAGUAGAUAAUCGUCAAGGUAGUUUACCACAUUUAGCCGCCUAUUCAAUUCAUAAUACAGGAGGAAUAAGUGAACGUGAACAAAAAUUACAAAAUGAAUUAUUAAAUACACAACGUGAAUUACAACACUUAAAACGUUCAAGAAGUUUAACUGGUGAUCAAAAUUUAACUCAUUCAACUACAUUAAAACAAACAUUGAAAUCAGGUUCUAGUCAAUAUUUAAAUGAUGGAUUUUGGACAACGUAUAGUUUAAAAAAGAAUGAAGGUCAACCAUGUGGUGCACGUAUUGCAGGUAAGUUAUUCUAUAAUCACGAUAGUGACUAACACAAAUUAUUGGGAAUAAGAAUUUCAAAAACCCAAAAUAACAGAAUCUGAUCUGAUAUUCUCAGUUCACAGAAUAUGGACAAAGAAUAAAAUAGUUGAGAUCAUUAGUCAAUUGAAGCUAGACUACCAUGAAAAACCUUGACGCACUGGACGACCAUUUCGUCCUAUUGUGGGACUCCUCAGCAGUGCUCAUCGUGGAUAGAACAAAACGGACGUCCAGUGCUUCCAGGUUUUCCAUGGUAGUCUAGCUUCAAUUAAUUCAUGAUCUCAACUGUUGAAAUUACUACAAUCUCCACAAAAACCCCUUCUGAUACUAAAGAAUAAAUAGACAAUAAACAUUGCAUGGUUCGUUUAUUUUUCAACCUUGAUUUUAGCAUGUUGCAUUUCUAAUGUCAAGGUCAAUAACUAUCCAUUCUUGUUGUUGUGUGUUUUUUUUAAAUAUUUUUGUUCUGAAAUAUUUCAUUUGUGCAUAAUUUAUUGAUAUAUCUAUAUGUGUAUGCAUGUAGUAACUAACUAGCAACGUUCAAGAUGUUUACGUAAACAAGGGUUUGUGUUCGCUCUCUCUCGCUCUCUCUCUGUCGCUUGCUCUUUCUCUCUCUCUCGCUUUCUUUUUCAUUUCUUCGAGCCAAAUGGUAUUAUAUAGGUCAAUAUUUCAUUUGGAUAAACCAAUGCAUAUUUAUCACGUUAACAAUAAAUCAACAAAGUCAAUCAGCAAUAUUCUUGGUAUUUUCUAUACAGUAUAAUGAAAACAGCAUCCAACAUUGGAUUCGUGUUAUAUGCUACUUAUAUCUGUCAACAUUAGUAGUAUACCUCAUAUAACUUCUAUCCCAAUACGGAAGAGAAUUUGGGAUAUUUAUUUUUUGUGCAUCCAUUUGUACUACUGUACUACUACUAAUACUACUAAUACUACUACUACUACUACUACUACUACUACUACUACUACUACUACUACUACUACUACUACUACUACCACCAAUACUACUAAUACUACUGUAAACAUUACAAUUAGUAACUAUACCAAUGUAUGUAGAUGUAAAGAAGUAUAGAUAUGUAUUACUGAUCAUGUACAUCACAAUAAUAAUGAUAAUAAUGAUGAAUUCUUUUAUUCAGAAUGAAUGACAAGUAUUAGUAUUAUUACUAUUGAAUGAAUAAUUAAAUAUACAUCUAUAUAUAUAGUGAAUGGCUAGUCAAGCAAGUAGAAUGGAAAGUAAAUUAUAUACAAGUCAUUUAAUGAAUUCAUCAACAACUCCAACUAUUACAACUAAAUCUACAUUACCUAUUAUUGAUCAAGAUGGAUAUACAAGAAGUUAUUUUAAAGAACCUAUUCCAUCAUCAUCAUCAUCAUCAUUAUUAUUCUCAUCAACACCAUUGUUCACUUCAACUCAUCCUAGAAUUGUAUCAUCAAAAGAUAUUGGAAAUAAUAAUAAUAUAAAUGAUAAUACUAUUGAAACAUACACUAAACGUACUAUUCAUAAUAAUGAAUUAGGAUCUAGAUUAUCACCAAUAAUAACAAAUAGACAAUCAAAUGAAUUCAUGAUGAAAUCUACGGAACCAUCAUCACCAAUAGUGGAUUAUUUAUUAUAUGAUGCACCAGCAUGGAUGAGACAAUCUAAAAUAAAAAAUCAUAAAGUAAUUAGUAGUGUGAAUAGUAGUUCAACAAUAUCUUCUAAUAUUAUAACAACAACAGCGGCAGCAGCCGCAGCGAGAACACCAGUAGUGACAACAAUAUCACCAUCAUCUAAUAUAACGCAUAUUGUAAAUGAUACAAAACCUAAUACAGAUAAUAUUACAAUUAUACAUAAGGAGAAUGUAAAGAAUAUGAAUUCUGGUAGUCGAAUAACAAUACAAUCCGAUUUAAGUAAUAAUAAUAAUAAUGAUCAUUUUAUACGAUCAUCAAGUCCUCGAUCGAAUGGAUCAUUUCGAUUUGUAAAAUCUGGAUCACGUAAAUUUCCAGAAAUGAAUCCAAAACUUAAUCCUCCUACAUACAUGCAGAAAUUGGAUGAUGUUCUUGUUGAAAAUGAAAUGAACACUGAACCAUUUAAAACAAUAAAAAAAUCCAAUAAAUUCAAUCUAAACAAAAAUCCUGAUCAUGAUGAAGAUUGGACUGUUCAUGAUGGAUCCCGUAGAUUUACACCAAUUUUAUCAUCACCUAUAUCAAUGAAAACACCACCACCAUCACAAUUCCAAUCUCAAUCCCAACUUCGACCCUUAUCACCACCGUUACCACCACUACCCCCAACAACAACAACAACUAUACCAUUAAUUGAAAAAAUUAAUCAAUUAACUACUAUCAAUAAAUUCAAUGAAAUCAUUCAACCAAAUUAUAAAGAAAAUCUAUUUACUGAACAAAAAUCAAUAUGGAAUAAAACGAAUAAAACAUUAACCCAAUUCAAUGAACAAUUACCUAAUUAUUCAAAUAAAUUCAAUCAUCAACGUAUUAUACAUAGUACACCAUGUAGUCCUACUAUCGAAAGAAAUAUCCUUAUUAAACCUAUUCAUAAUCAUGAGGAUGAUGAUGUUAUAUUAAGAAAUCAUAAAAAAUCAUCAAUUGGUUUACCACCACGUCCAUUAAGAUCACCAAUUAUACGUUUAAAUGGUCGAUCUAUGUCACCAAUACAUCCUCGUAUAUCACCAUUACCAUCUUGUACAAAUAAUGAAGUAACUAAAAUUAAACAAAUUGAUCCUAUUACUGGUGAAAUUCAAUAUAUCACAUCUAGAACAAGAUCAUAUACUGAUUUAAAUACUAAUCAAUUAAUUACAGAAAUAGAAGAAAAUAUACAAGGUGAAGGAGAUACAGAAGUAAGAGUUGUUCGAAGGAAAACACGUAAAAUAAAACCGAAUACUUGUAGAGAAUCACGAAGUGUGGAUAGUUCAGGAUUUGUGAAAGAUUCAAGAAUUCGUCAAUCUACAGAACAAACACAAACUGAUCAAAUUCAACGUGAUUCAAGAACUCAUCAACGUACAGAAGAAACAAAAACUGAAAAACAUAUUGAAGAAGAGUUAAAUUAUCAACGCUCUUCAACGAAAGUUCAACCUCAAAGAACAUCAAGUCAGAUGAAUAUUAGUGGACCUAGUACAAUGACUAAAACUGCAUGGUUGUCAGAAACCAAUUUAAGGAAUAGUUCAACAUGCAAACAACCACCAAUGUAUUCAACUUAUUCAGCUCAUAAAGAAAAUAUGAGACGAAUGCAAGAACAAAGAAGAACAACAGAAGAUUGGCAAGCUUCAAAUAGACAAUUACAUGAUUCCAGAUCAGUGGGUAGUCGAGCUGUUUUAGAAGAAAUGGAAACGAUAACAUUACAACCAAUUGGUCGUGGUGUACACGACUUGGAACCACCAACUGGUUCUAUAGCUAGAUCAGUUCGUGCUACAACACCAAGUGGUUUAUCAACAUUUCCAACAUUGUUUAAUCGACCUCAUUCAUCCGCUGGAAGAAUAGAUCUAUCAAUAUCAGGAAUAAAACGAUCUAUUAGUAAAGAUUAUUAUAGUCCAAUAAGAAUGCAACGUAGUACUAUUGAUGUACCAUAUAGUCAAACUACACAAGCAUUAUUAAGUCCAUCUAUCAAUCGACGUUUAGUUGGUUUCACUAAUACUGGUCAUUCAUCACGAAUUUCAAGUAUCAAUAAAAAUGUACUACCUAUUAUACAUCAUCAUGAUCAUCAUCCUCAUCAUAAUAAUCUAGUGUAUAAUAGUAGUCAUGGUAAUAAUAAUAAAUGGAAUUCUAUGGAUCAUCAAUCAUUGGAAUUAUUAAAUCAAACAUCUAUGAAUAGGAAUUCAUAUGCCAGGCAAACUCUUACACAGAAUAUUCAAGAAAUGACACAGAAACAACGAUUAUUACUAUUAUCAUCAUCAUCUAAUCAACAAUAUUAUCCAAUAUCUAGUCAUAAUAAUAAGUUAGGUAAAUGAAAUCCAUCGCUUCUCACAAUUCGCUUCUUAUAACUAAUAACAAUAAUCAUCUAAUAAAGCUUAUUUAUUAUUGAUAAUGUAACGCAAAUUAUGGUAUCCUAUUGAUGCUAAUCCACCACCACCACCACUACUCUGAUGAUGACAUAAUCAUCUUAACCCAAAUCUAUCAUUUGAGUGAUGUUCUGUUUAUGUUUAUCCCUUUUUUUAUUUCCAAGGGUUCAUUUCAUUCUGUAUGGAUAGUGACAUGAAUAUCACACUAACUAGAUCAAUAAUUGAUAAUGGUGUUUAGUGUAUAACAGUUCAUUUCACUUCUAACACAGAUGAUAUAUAUAUAUAUAUAUAUAUAUGUCAAUAUAUCAAUGGAUUGAUCACUAGGGAAGGAUCAAUGUCAAAUUCUAUUCAGUGUAGAUCCAAUCCUAUCAACCUGGUAAUAUCUCUGACUGUAAAACUGGAUGAUAUGUGAUCGAAUCCAUCAGAGAGUAUCCGUUUCCUUAAGAUUAUAGGUACAUCUUUCUGAUGAGUGUAAGAUAGCACGAAACCUAAGUCCAGGGUUACUUGUUGACUACCUCUAACCACUAUCCUUAGAAGUCUAACAUAUUUUUAAACGUUGUAGCUAUCGAAUAUUCAUUGUAAAUGUUUAAGACAUGUAUCAGUGACCAACAUUUCAUCAAACGUACCGUUAAGUGAAUGUAAAUGAGCUAUAAGUAAAUUAACGACAUUCCUAAUAGCAAUUUAGUAAAAUGUAAAUACAUCGUAUUGUCUCGUACAAGCUUCAUUAUUCCUUGAUUCAUCUUAUUAUCUUACUUGCUUUCAGUUUCUUCUUUCGUCAUUUUAUUACAAUCAUCUCAACUUUCUGAUCGCAGACAUUCCACUGCUGAACACUGUUACAUACUCACAAUUGAUUGAUCACUGGGUGGCAAUCAAUGUCAUGUGUGUCAAGUCCUUAUUAGUGCAGAUCUAAUGCUAUCGACCAUGCUGCAAUGUGGCCAACAGUCUAGGUGAAUCGACAUUGCGUGCACUAUAUAUUGAGAUUAGAUGGUGGUUGGACGUACUCGACAGGAAACCCUGGACCCGUGUUUCGUGCUACUUGGCACUCGUCAGCAAGGUGUACCUGUAAUCUUGAGGGAACUGGUGCUCCCUGGUGGAUUCGAUCUCGUGUCACCCAGCUUCACAGAGACGUUACCACUGAGCUAUCGGAGCCGCGACCGACCUCCUGUAGGACCGAGAUGUAAUCACAAUUGAUUGGUCAUUGGGUGGCGAUCAAAGUCGUGCGUGUCUAGUCCUUAUUAGUGCAGGUACACCAUGCUGAUGAGUGCCAAGUGGCCCGAAACCCGGGUCCAGGGUUUCCUGUCGACUACCUCCAACCACCAUCUCACUGUUACAUACUACUUAAGCCUGUAAACAUGAGUAGCAAACAUCAAAAUACCAUAAUCCCUGUCAUUCAUGUAAUAAUUAUAACAGUUCUAGAAUAUACAAAACCUUUCUUUAAAUCAUUGAAAUCGAUCAAUUUAAUUCAAUCAUUUAUUUGAGAUAUUACUAUUGUACUUAAAAAGUAGUAACUUACUUCAUCAAGAAAUAUUUUAUCAAUCUCUAUAUAUCUAUAUUAUUUACGCCUGUUACCCGCAAUGGAGCAUAGGCCGCGGAGCAGCAUUCCCCAACUCACUCUGUCCUAUGCCUUCCCUUCUAGUUCUAUCCAAAUGACGAGAAGAAAGCGAAAAGAAAUGACGCGCAGUAGAGAAGGCAUAUGUGACUUCAGAAGAAUGGUCUGUUCAGAAGCUAGAAUAAGUUAUAUGGGCUUAACAUAGCAACCGACACUACAGAUUCAUUGAAUAUUUAUAGAAUACAAUAGAAAUACGGACAACAAUCAAUCAAUCAAAUCUUAAGUCAGUAGAACAAGCUGGUAGUCAUUUUGGUGGAGAAAUUCUAAUUGCUUACUUCUUUCUAAAGUGUAUGUUGAUACUGAUGAUGAUUUUGUCUAGAAAUCUUCAUACAGUUCAGGGGACAUAAUAUACCUUCAGAAAUGUUAUGCAAUAGACAGUUGGCAAAUCAUACGUGAUAAGAACAGUAGUUUACAAUACAAUCUAAUAGAGAUUAGAACUAUAUCUUGAAUACUAUUAUGACUUUAAACUGAUUAGUUUGUAUUAUUUGCCGGUCAACUGACUAACAUCAUGAAUCUAGGUAAAUCUACAUCUAAUACAAUAAUUACACUGAAUAAGUCCAUUGGGAACCGAAAAUAGAGAAGGUUAAAAGAUGUUUAUAUGUACAAUUCUGCUUAACUGAAAAUCACGUUAACAUGUUGAGCUUCAGGAGAUUGUUCAAUGUUAGAAUAUACAUCCCUAACUGAUCGUGAUUAGACAACCUAAUUGGAUGAAGUUUGAAAUGUAAAUCAUUAGAUUUUAACUCAAUCGUUUGAAGAGAAAACAAUCGCUGCCACACCUGGAAGUAUUUGAUUCUAUUCCCAAUGACAUGGUUAAUGAGCACUAUUGAACCUUGUACUAAAAACCAAUGACUCAAUCCUUUAUAGUAUUCAAUGAUUGGUUAAUCAAGAUCAGUCCCUGAUAUAAUCAUUAAACUAUAUGUUUAAAAGACUAUUCAUAGUUAUUUGAUGUAUCUGGCUAAGAGUGUAGUAAACGAGAACAAAAAUGAGAACAAUCGAAGAUUUUCAUGGCGUUUUGUUCUCUGAGCUGGAUGGUUUGGUCGUUCAAAAGAACGAUGAAUGCUCCAAGAUCAAACCAUCCAGCUCAGAAAACAAAACUCUAUCAAAAUCAUCCACCUGAGCUACACAUCUUCUCCACUAUUUCACAAUCGAAUAUAUUUGAAUACAAAAUGACAGAAUCACUUAGUGUAGUAUCUGAGAACCAAACAGUAAAUACUUCAUUUGCAAAAUGUCUAUCAAUCACUUCAAACUUUAUUGUUCGUACAUUUCCACACCAACCAUUCUGUGUUCUUGUUCUUUUCUUCUUCAAUCUUCUUAACCUUCUACCUCCAGGCAUUUCACUUCCAAUGGAUGAUAUAUAUACUACUUAUAUCUAUCAAUAUCAGUAGUACACAUCACAAUGAUGCCAUUUAUUCCAAUUAUUAAUUUAAUAUAUUAUAGAGUUAUAAAUGAAUUUAAGUGAUGAUCAUUUAAGAAGAAAUGCUUGUUAUACAUUAUAUAUUAUUCAUGGUUAUUCAUUUCAUUAACAUAUAAUUUAACAGUUAACUAUAUAUACUACUUAUUUACAAUCAUAACAUUUAACAAACGUUUAACUAUCAAGCUAAAUUAUACCAUUUCAUUAUAACAGAGAUAAUUCAUAGAGUUCUAUGUUCACUAGUCAAUUACCAAGUUGAUUAGUUCAAUCAUUUAUAUUGCUUAUAUUGCUUGUAUUUUAUUUUCAUUCUCUUAGUUACCUUAGAUUAUAUGAGGUGUAUAGUGUAACUGUGAACAUGAUGACUGUGUUUAUAGGUUAUACAUAUAUAUAAAUGUUUUGAACUUAACACUUUUGAUAGUUGAACUCAUGGGUGAAUUGAAGUUAGACCACUAUGGAAGAACUAGAAGUACUGGACGGCCGUUUCGUCCUAGUAUGGGACUCGUCAGCAGUACGCAUCUAAGAUUCUGCUUCGAAAGAUUCGAACCCAGGAUCAUUAAAAAAAUAUUAGAACAUCCAUAAAAAUCCCAUUCUCAUAAUGAUCUACAUGUGCUCACUUGUGAUGGACUCUCAGAGGUAUUUGGUGGAGUUCUAGUGAGAAGCUGUGACUAAUGGAGUCCAACCAUGUUUGUUGUAGAGGCAGUUACUCAUUGAUGACGUUAGUGGACGGCGGUGCAAUAUCGUCAAUUUAGACACUGACACCAUUGGAUGUUGGACAGCUCAUUCGCUUAGAUGUUCUUAGGUUUGAAGUUCGCGAGCGGGAUCAUGGAUGCUCACUGCUGAAGAGUCCUACAAUAAAACGAAACUACCGUCCAAUGCUUUCAGGUUUUUCAUGGUGGUCUAGCUUCAAUUGACUCAUAAAUUCAACUAUUAAAUAUCCACAAAAAUCCCAUUCUGGUAAUUAACAUUAAUGAUUUCAAUUAAUGAUAUAAUAUUUUUUAACUAGCGAAUAGAUCAUACGCUCCUGGAUUAGAACAACAAGAUGGUUUCCGUACAAUUGCAACAACAAAUUAUCAUCGUGAAAUGCAUACAUCUGGACCACAAUCACCAUAUCUUGGGACAAUCAGACAUAAUUCACAAUAUGAAGCAACACCAAUAGUGAAUCGAUCAGUAGUUCAACAAUCUGUUAUACCAUUUUCACCAAAUGGAAGUUUAUGUGGAACGAAUAUUGGUGUUGAUAUUGUAGAUGGUGAUACAGUAGGAAUGCGUCAAGUUCUUGAUACAUCUAAAUAUUGGUAUUUACCAGGAAUCUCACGUCCUGAUGUUAUUGCAUUAUUACGUGAUAAAGAACCUGGAACUUUUGUUAUACGUAAUAGUAAUACAUAUGCUGAUAGUUUUGGUUUAGCAUUGAAAAUUCCUCCAAAUUCACCUAGAGUUAUAUCGAAUAAAGAGGAUAUUCAAUCUGAAUGGGUACGUCAUUUUCUAAUUGGUACAGUACCUAUGCAUGAUGGUCGUGGUAAUGGAGUACAUUUACGUGGUUUCUCUAGUGAUCCAACAUUUCCAAGUUUAGCAGCAUUUGUUCAUUAUCAUAUUCAUAAACAAGGUGCAUUACCAUGUACACUUCGUCUUCCAAUAUUUAAUAAUCAAACAUUAUAUAAUCAACAAAGAACUACUAUUAAUGAACAAACAGUUUAUGGAUUAGAACCUUCAUUACAGACAAUAUUACCAACUACUAAUACAAUGAGUACGGAUAUGCUUUAUCUUGGUUCUGUUGAAGUAGAUCGUCUUGAAAAUAUGAAUGCAGCAAUUCGUGGAAUUGGAAAAAUAAUAAGUUUAGCACAAUCAUAUACAGAUGGUUUACCAAAACGAUGUGAAGUUCAAAUUAAAGUUAUACCACAUGAAGGAAUUACGUUUACGGAAAAAUAUAGACGUGCUGUUUGGAGAAAAACUAUUAAACCUAAUAAUUUACUUUGGUGUGGUUUAGAUCCAGAAAAUCGAGAAUUUAAUGAUGCGGAAUUACGAUCUAAAGGAAUGUAUGGUUCAAAAAUAUUUGCAUUAGUUGCACGUAAACAACGUUUCUGGUUACAUGAUAAUGUAGUUUAUGUAUUUUGUGAAAUUGAUCAUAAUCAUUCAGCUAUUCAAUUAGUACGUUUUAUUAAUUCUAUCUUUCCUGGUUUAAGGGAUUAAUUGAAUGAUAUUUCUAUAAUAUAUAAAUGAAUAUAUGUUCUAUAUAUAUAUAUGUAUGUUCAUGAAGGAUCUUCUAUUUCAAUCAUUCUGAAUAAAGUUCCUUUCACCUAAUAUGAAUUGUUUGUUUGUUUUUUAAUUGAUCAAUUUUAAUUGAUCAUUUCAUUCUAUUUAACAUUGAAAACAAUCUGGAUCAUCAUUUCAUCUUAUUGAUAAUGAUACUGUUGUUGAUGGGGAAUGAAUGAAUGAAGGAAUGAAUGAAUGAGGCAAUCCAUUGACAUAAUGUUUUCACAAUUUAUUCAUGAAUGAUAUUUCUCUCUUUUUUUUCUCUUUUUUUUCUUUUUUUCUUUUGCCACUUUCGUUGAUUGACUUUUCUUUAUUUUAACUCAAUUCAAUUCAUAAUGAAUCAAUUGAUGAUUUCGAAUGGAAUUUGUUUUUGUUUUUUUCUUAAAAAUUUUUUUUUUUAAAAGAAAAGAGAAAACAUUUUCGGGUUUUUUUUCUAAACUUUUUUCUUACUUUCAUAUUUAUAACACACACACACACACAUCUAUAUAUAUACAUGAUACAAUCAAUGUUGAUCUGUUUCAUUUUUAAACUACCGCCACCACCACUACAACCAUAGCCACCACUACUACUAUUACUACGACUUCUGACGAUACUGUUGACAAUAAUACUACUACUACUACUACUAACUAUACUACUUAUAUACAAUACUAUACUAUUUAUUCUAUAUAUCUGCUUCUAAUUAUUCAAUUAUCGAUUUAUUUGUUUAUUUAUUUAUUUACUUGUUUACAAAUAAUCGUUUCAUACUUGAAUUCGUCUAUGCUUAAUUGAAAUUAUAUUUUGAAAAACAAAUAAAACAAAACAUGGUGUGUUCAAUAUUCAAUGUUUCUUAUUUAACAUAAAUAAUGGUAUCUGUUUGUUUGUUUCUUUAAAUGUAUUCAGUUGACCUUGAGUAGUAUUAGUUUACUGUUUUCUUUAAAAAAAGAACCGGGCUUUUUAAAACUUUUAUUUAUUUUACAGGUUACUUUCUUCUUUUUCUUCUUCUUUUGCUUUUUUCUCUUUUUUAUUUUUCUUUCUCAAUGAUAAAUAUUUAUUAAAAUGAAUAGUUUCUUCUAUAAAUGAACUUGCUUGAUAUAUAUUUGUUAAUUUCAAUGGGAAAUAAUGAGUUCAAUUACGUAAUGAUGUUAUAUAGAAGCCUAUAAAUCUUUUUUUUCUGAAGACUAUAUACAUAUAGAUACGUGUUGCUUAAGUAAUAGUUAUAUAUAUAUAUAUAUAUAUAUAUAUACAUAUAUAUGUUUAAUCUCUACCUUUUGGGUUAUUGGUUUAAAUGAACAAAUAUUUAUCAAAAUGUCUUUUGACUACUUAUUUAUUUAUAAAGCAUUCAUACUGUUCUCUCUCUCUCUCUCGUUUUGUCAUUCACAUACACAUACACAAACAAACACACACGCACAUGCACGCGCGCACACAUAUACACACACAAUCAAUAACAUGAAAGUUGAAAUCUUUCAACUAUAAAUGAACUUUAUCAAGCAUGAGAUAUAAUACGUAUCUAUGUACUUAAAAACAAAACAAAAUACUAUGUUCUUCUUCAUUUUUUCUUUUUUUGCUUAAGUUAAAACUGCUUUAGCUAAAAAUCAAUUUUAAUUUUGUACAAAUAUAUCAUAUUAUUAUAAUAUCCACAACAACAACAAGAACAAAACAAUCCUUCUGAUAUGAAUCCAUAUAUACUCAUCAGUGACUGGCUUCAAGUGGUGACCAGUAGAGUUCAACUAGGUCUGUUGUAAGAUAGUAAUUCACUGAUGACAUAGGUGAAUGUAUCGCUCAAUGUUAUGGAUUAUGUGAUGCCGCUGGAUGCCGAUCAUUUCAGUGGUCUAGAGGUUAAGUAUUCGCGCACCAGAUCGGUAGGUCUUAAGUUCGAAUCUUGUGGGAAGGGAUGGUGGAUGAGCAAUGUUGAGGUAGUCCUACAAUAGAACGAAACGGUUGUUCAGUGCUUCCAGAUUUUCCAUUGUGGUCAAGCUAUUAAAUUACUAUAA